AAGGCCAACACCUUGGCCAGAAAGCAACGUUUCGAAGCACUUGACGCCAAGGCCGAGGCUGAGGAGCUAAGGGACACUGUUAGACCCGCCUACAAUAAACCCAGAGUCAAAUUCAACGCAAAACAACGAGCCGAGAAACUAGCCAGGAUGGAGGCCAUGAUGAGGGAGCAGGCGGAGAAUAAGGCUAUUCUCCUACCUAAAGUCGACACCAAAAAACUUCAAGACGAUCAACUGCAGUACGAGAGGUUUCUUGCAGACAUCAUGGAAGCCCAGGUGUCUUCGAUUAAGCUUACAAUCGUCUCGUCAGGCUUAGAUUGGCACGCGGUUACCGCGGCCGAGAGUGCCGGUUUUGACUGGGAGAGCUUCCCACAUGAAGAAUGGAUCGACCCAGUCGAGGUGGUGGAGACGCAGGUGGCGAAGGAAGAAGUGGUGUUGAGGGAUGACGUCACGAACCUGGAGAUCAUUGUCUCUGUCGAAACUGUCAGACCUUCCUUGCCGAUGCCAGAGGAAGUAGCAAAGAAAGUUUACCACAUGAAAGAUGACGUCCUGAAGAAGACCGAGCAUGUCACUGAGACUCUUCAGUGCGUGAAAGAUGCAGACAUGAUCCCAACCUUUAGAGAUAUCAGUAAGGUUGCAGCUGGAACCGAGACAGCAGAGAUGGGGUACUUGGUGAAGAAGAAGGAAGGGGCCGAGUUUGUCACCAAGCUGGAUUACGUCGAGAACGAGGAGGAGGCCGUGUCCGGAGCUUUGGUUGAGGUUGAUGAGAAGAAGAAAUUCGUAGCAGGUCAAAUCAUCAAACUAGCUGAUCAGGAGGCCUUCGUGGCCGGCCAGACAGUUGAAACCCCACAGGGAAGAAAGUUCGUUCCGGGUCAAACCAUCAUUAACGAAAAUGGGGUCAUCAAUUUCGUGCCUGGCCAGUGCGUGAAGUCACUCGAUGAGAAGAUAGACUUUGUUGCAGGCCAGGUUUUCAACAGUCCCAAUGGUCCGAAGUUCGUGGCCGGUCAGGUUAUGGACCUCGGCGAUGGUAAGUCGAUCUUUGUGGCGGGUCAGACAAUCACCACCGACGAUGGCCCGAAGUUCAGUCCCGGCGAGGUGACAGUAGACGCGUAUGGAGAGGAUAUCUUCGUGCCUGGAAUGAAAAUGCCAAGUGCAGAAGGCGAAACGUUUGUCACUGGUCAAGCAUUCCAGUCCGAUGAGGGUCUGACCUUCAAACCAGGUCAGAUUAUGGACACCAUCGAGGGUCCGACGUUCGUCCCUGGUAAGAUCUUCGAAACUCCAGAAGGUAAGAAAUUCAUCAAGGGUGACCUAGUGCAGGACGAGGAAGGCAAGCUCAAGUUCGAACACCGGCCCUUCGAGGUGCCUAAGAUCAGCGAGUGGCUAGUUAUCCCCAAUAAGGAGCUUCAGCCUCUGGCCUUUGCUGACAGGAACGUGUCAGGAUUCAUCGUUAAUCCCACGAAUACGGACACUGUACUGGUGGGAGAGAAGUUGUAUGGAGAUAUGGUUGAGACUCAGAAUGCAGUGCAGUUCUACCUCACUGGCAAACUGCCAAAUGAUGUCUCUCCUGAUUCUAAGGUCAUCCCUGGUCAACUGAUCGUCAAUGAGGUAGACAAGAGGUUCAUCCCUGGUAAGCUGAUGACCACAGCUGAUGGUGAGAGCUUCGUGCCAGGACAGACGGUCAACACAAGCCACGGAGAGGAGUUCAUCCCAGGUCAGAUAGUCGAAAGCUCCGACGGGCCAAAGUUUGUUCCAGGUCAAGUCGUGAUGACUGCCAAGGGUGAGAAAUUUGUACCAGGUCAGGUCAUCGUGGAGGAUGAGGGUCCAAAGUUCGUCCCUGGUCAAAUCAUACAGACCAAGAAUGGAGCCACCUUUAUCCCUGGGCAGAUGAUGAGUACAGACGAAGGUCAGCUCUUCGUUCCAGGUCAGCUGGUGGAAACAAACGCUGGACCGCGAUUCGUCCCUGGUCAGGUUGUGGAGAGCCCCGAGGGACCAAAGUUCAUCCCUGGCACUAUCAUCGAGACGGACGAAGGCCUAAAGUACGUCCCACCGGACGCAGACGAGAUAGACGAAGACUUCCAGAUCUCCUUCCAAGGCUUCGAAAUCAGCGAAGAAGAACUUGCUCUCCUCAUGACAAAUCCCACAGACAUACGCCCUCACUCUCCCAUCAUGAGCGAGGAAGGCCUCAUAGACUCAGCCACGCUGAAGAAGUUGGCCAUGAACACUGUCUUUGUCCAUGGCGUGACCCCAGAACCUCCUCCUCCUCCUCCUCCGGAGAAGAAAAAGAAGAAGAAGAAAACGAGAGUGCAGUUGGACGCCGCAGAAGAGAACGGGAAAGAAGAGGUCGAGGAACCUGACUAUGGGAGUGAUAAGGUUGAUGUAUUGCUUAGGUUCAUCAGGGCCUCGACGAGCAUCUCUGACGUCAGAAGGGGCAAGGAGAUGAAGAAGCUGUCCAAGCUGCUGGGAGAGCGGGAGUACGACAACAUGACGCUGCUGCAGGUCGACGCCAUGGCCAACAUCCUGUCGACAGUGAAUGGCACGGGGGAGGUGAUCCGCGGGUUCCUGGGCGAGAACGAGCAGUUAAUUAGCGACAUUGUUGACUACAUCGACUCCACAGACACAGACACCAUCAGCAGAAACGACCAGGCCAGGCGGACCCUUAGAAAAGCCAUCCAACGGGUCGUUUCAAAAUAUUGCGAUAAGGAGAUUGACGACAUCAUCCACCUCCUGAACAUCAAUCCUGAAAACCUCCUAACCGACACACGAAUCCAGGUCCUCCUGACGGAAGCUGUCGGCAUCGUCUGCGUUACUGGGAAUGUGGAAGUUGCCGCCAUGUUGGAGAGGUUCAUCUCUGAGCCUUCAGACCCCAACGCCCUCCGAGAUAAUCCAGACGUGGUCUCUGUCCUUCGGCAAUUGGUUGUUCUUCACCAAAUCGCAGAGCGCGACCCAGACGUUGCCAAGAUGCUCCAGGUCCUGCAAACGAAUCCCGAGGGACUGAAGGACCGAAAGAAGGUCAGAGAACUGCUGAAGAACGCCAAUCUGCUUCUUAAACUGCCCAAAGAAGAAGGUAAAGACGUUGCCUCCUUCGACCUCCGCCACGUAGCGUCCUCGAAGGACAUUCCCGCCAAGAUCUUCGAGCAGAUCAGAGAGGACCGAAAGGAAGCUGAUAAGUUUAUAGACAUGCUUCCGGACGAACUCUUCAGAGAGAUCAUGCAGGACAAGCGCUGCGGAGAAUCCUUCCUCGAGACUCUUGACUCCGAGAAGGCGGGUAAGGCCAAGUCAGAGCUGGACAAGUUCAAGAAGGGCAUGGCCAUUGUGGUCACCAAGGCCGAUAUGCAAGCUGUGAUUCCCAAGGAGUUCGCGCGAUCCAUUUGCUACGGCAUCGUGCCUUAUCUUCUGAUAGACGAGGAGGGCUUCAAGUUCUUCGAGCGAGGACUGACGGGAAGGAAGCUAGCCCCGGCGAAGGUGAUCGAGAACACGUGGUUCAUGCCUGACUCUUACUACGCCAAGAAACCUUCGUACGAG